CCCCAGUUUUGCCACGACCUGGACGAGGUCGAGCGUCGGGAACUGAAACUUUUCGCCCAACGCCGAAAACGGGAAAAUUUGGGCCAAGGGAGCGUCCGACCGCUGCCCCUCACCAGCGAGGGGGCCGUGUGCCAGCAGUGCGGGGCCGCGGUGCGCGGCGGGGCGCUGGCCGUGUUCGCGGCGCGGGCGGGGCUCGGCCUGUGCUGGCACCCGCGCUGCUUCCGCUGCCAGCAGUGCCAGCAGCCGCUCGUGGACCUCAUCUACUUCUGCCCCGGCGGCGGCGGCGGGCGGCUGCUGUGCGGGCGGCACCACGGCGACAGCGUGCGGCACCGCUGCCCCGGCUGCGACGAGCUGAUUUUCGGGGGGCGCUGGGCCGAGGCCGGGGGGCGCCGCUGGCACCUGCGCCACCUGCGCUGCCUGGAGUGCGAGGGGGCCCUGGACCCCCAGAGCCUGCCCGGGGGGGAGGGGCAGCCCCUGUGCCCCCCCUGCCGCGCCCGCCGCGCCCACCUGUGCGACACCUGCGGGGACCCCAUCGGGCUGCAGGACCCCCACGUCACCCACAGGGGGCAGCACUGGCACCCCCUCCCCGGCUGUUUCCGCUGCGCCCCCUGCGGGCGCCCCCUGCUGGGCCGGCCCUUCCUGCCCCGGGGGGGGCAAAUCUUCUGCUCCCCCCGCUGCGCCCCCGGCGGCGACAGCGGCACCGCGCCCCGCAGCGCCCCCCGCAGGAGAUCCUGGGCAGGGGCAGCCCCGGCUGGGCUGUGCUGACCUUUGACCUCUGCCCCCCUCCGGGGCGUGACCUUUGCACUGUGACCCCCGUGGCCUCCUCAGGGACCCUCGACCUGUGCCCGGUGACCUUUGACCCCUC